GACGGCUGCGGUUCCCCUAGGACGGUGAGGCGGCUGCAGGCGCAGCUGAUAAGCAGGCCCGCAGAAAGUCAUCGCGUAUUUCGCAAACACAAAUAUUCUCAGAGCCUGGAUUUCCUAAUACCGGCAGACUCCGAUUUACAGCUCGGUCGCAAUGAGGCGAAGCUCAACCACUUGUGGGAGUAGCGGUCGGCAGUCUACGAUGGUGCUGAGAGUGCAGGACAGCAACAAGAUGGGUCUUCAGACGCCUCAAAUGAAGGACAGAGGAACGUUUGGAAAGCUGAGCAUGAGCAAAACUACGUCUGCAACUUCAGAAAGGAAAGUCAGCUUUUUUGGGAAGAGAACUAGUGGGGCUGGAGGUUCACGCAACAGUCAGUAUGGUAUGUUUGGUACAGAAAAGAUCAAGGAUCCCAGGCCACUUCAUGACAAGGCAUUCAUCCAGCAGUGUAUCAAACAGCUUUGUGAGUUCCUUGUUGAGAAUGGUUACGCACAUAAUGUCACCGUAAAAUCACUGCAGUCUCCAUCCGUAAAAGACUUUGUAAAAAUCUUCACUUUUAUCUAUGGUUUUCUCUGCCCUUCUUAUGAACUGCCUGACUCAAAAUUCGAAGAGGAAAUUCCCCGAGUUUUCAAAGAGCUUGGGUACCCUUUUCCUUUGUCAAAAAGCUCCAUGUACACAGUGGGAGCACCACACACCUGGCCUCAGAUUGUGGCAGCUUUGAUUUGGUUAACUGACUGUUUCAAGUUGUAUGCUGCCAUGAGGGAAAAUCCAUCUUCAUUUGACGAUGGGCAGAAUUGGGGAGGAGAAACUGAUGAUGGAAUUGUACAUAACAAGCUUUUCAUGGACUACAUUGUAAAGUGCUACGAGCACUUCAUGAAAGGGGGAGAUACUUACGAAGAAUUGGAUGCGGAAGUGCAGUCAAAAUUAAAGGAUAUAUUUAAUGUAGAUGAGUUCAAAAUAGAAGGCUUAGCAGCAGAAAACAAAAGACUUCAUGAAGAAAUUGCAAGACUAGAAAAAGAAAGGGAAAGUGAGCCGGAUCGUUUAGUAUCGCUACGAAAGCUGAGAUCUUCUUUUCAAGCAGAUGUUCAGAAAUACCAGGCUUAUUUGGCUAAUCUGGAAUCUCACACAACCAUCCUUGAUCAGAAGAUGAAAGGGGUUAAUGAAGAAGUUGAGGCAGCAGAAAUGGAAGUAGAAGCAAUGAAGCAGGAGAAUGCACGGCUCCAGCAUAUCUUUGAUAACCAAAAGUACUCAGUUGCGGAUAUUGAGAGAAUAAAUCACGAGAGAAAUGAGUUGCAGCAAACCAUUAAUAAGCUAACUAAGGAACUCGAAGCAGAAGAACAUCAACUGUGGAAUGAAGAGCUAAAAUAUGCUAGAAAUAAAGAGGCGAUUGAAACACAACUGGCAGAGUAUCAUAAACUGGCUCGAAAGCUGAAAUUAAUUCCAAUAAGUGCUGAGAAUUCUAAAGGGCAUGACUUCGAGAUUCAUUUUAAUCCCGAGGCAGGACCAAAUUGCCUAGUCAAAUACAGAACUCAGAUUAAGGCUCCUCUUAUGGAGAUUGUAAACCAAACGGAGGAAGAAAUUAGGAAAGCUGUUCAGCGGAAAAUGAGUUUAGAGGACACUUUGGAACAGGUGAAUGCAAUGGUAACGGAGAAGAAAAGCAGUGUGAAAACACUGAAAGAAGAAGCAGAAAAGCUGGAUGAUCUUUACCAUCAGAAACUUAAGGAAGCAGAAGAAGAGGAGCAAAAAUGUGCAAAUGAGCUGGAAUUGUUAGAGAAGCAUAAACAAUUACUUGAGAGUGGUGUCAAUGAGGGUCUCAGUGAAGCCACAAAUGAACUGCAUGAUAUUCAGAGACAAUAUCAAAUUGUUAUGCAAACAACAACAGAAGAGAGCAGGAAAGCAGGUGAUAACUUGAAUCGUCUCUUGGAAGUGAUUACUACUCAUGUAGUAUCUAUAGAGAAAUAUCUUGAUGAACAGAAUUCAAAAAUUGACAGAGAUUAUGAAGAAUUCAUGUCUGAAGAUCUACUCUCAACCUUGACUGGAAUUCUAGACAGUUAUAAAAAGAAGGCUGAAAGUAUAUAAUUAUCAAAAAGCUGAAGAUGAAAAUUCUGUGCUUAAGAAGCUCCAGUGUGGUAUCUCCUAAAAGGAUGGUUAAUUCCUGCUUUUAGCAGCUAACUUGGUUUUAAUGAUAUGAUAUUGAACUUCCUUUGCUUUACUGAUACAAAUAUAGUGAAGGAUUAAAAUAUUUGUAACUGAAAAAACAAAGCUUUGCUUACUCUUC